AUGUCGAAGCUUAUGAAGAUAUAUCUUCACCAUAAUCAUUUAUCAGGGCCAAUUCCUUCAGCGCUUGGCAAUCUUACUCAUUUGCAAUCAUUACAACUAGGAGAUAACCAUCUCAGUGGUCCAUUACCCAAAAAUUUAUGCAGGGGUGGACAACUCGCAAAUCUUUCGGCUUUCAUCAACAAUUUGACGGGUCUUAUCCCACCAACUUUGAAAACUUGCAAAAGCUUAUUCAGAGUUAGGCUUGAAGGAAACCAGUUGACAGGAAAUAUAUCAGAAGCUUUUGGUAUAUAUCCUAAUUUGAAUUAUAUUGCAUUAAGCAACAACAAAUUUUAUGGCGAACUUUCGCCAAACUGGGGGCAAUGCCAUAGUCUAACAAGCCUACGGAUCUCCAAUAAUAACAUUUCUGGAAAGAUACCACCCGAGCUGAAGCAUGCAACUCAAUUACACGAACUCGAUGUCUCUUCAAAUCAUCUCAUUGGUGAGAUUCCCAAGGAAUUGAGAGCGUUGACAUUGAUGUACAAACUUUUGCUAAGUGGUAACCAACUUUCAGGCAAAAUUCCACCAGAGAUUGGAGUUCUUUCAAAUCUACAAUAUCUUAACUUGGCAUCAAACAAUUUGAGUGGACCGAUUCCUAAUCAACUUGGAGAGUGCUCAAAGUUAUUGGACCUGAAUUUGAGCAAGAAUAAACUUGGAGAAAGCAUUCCAUUUUCAGUAAGCUACAUAAAUGGCCUUCAAAAUCUAGAUUUAAGUCGGAAUUUACUUAUUGGGGAGAUACCACAGGAGCUUGCAAAAUUACAUUCCUUGGAAAUAUUGGACCUUUCUCACAAUAUGCUCAAUGGUUGCAUCCCAAAUUCUUUUAAUGAUUUGAAAAGCUUGACUGUUGUGAAUAUAUCUUACAAUCAAUUAGAAGGCCCUAUUCCUAACAUUAAGGCAUUUCAUGAGGCUUCAUUUGAUGCCUUAAGAAACAAUAAGGGACUAUGUGGUAAUGCCACUGGACUAAUGCCUUGUGCUGUCGCUGCUACUAGCAACGGUCAUAGAAAAAGCAGCAAAAUCAUCAUUUUCAUUGUACUUCCACUCUUUGGUCUUCUUCUUUUGCUCUUUGUCAUGGCUGGAAGUUUCCUUAUUCUUUGCCAAAAGAACCAAACCAGAAAAUCCGAGUCAAUCGAGGCACAACUUGGAGAUUUUUUCACAUUGUGGGGAUAUAAUGGAAGAAUACUCUAUGAGAACAUUAUUGAAGCCACUGAAGAUUUCAGCGCCAACAAUUGCAUUGGUUCAGGAGGCUAUGGAACUGUUUAUAAAGCUGCGCUACCCAUUGGGGAGGUGGUUGCUGUGAAGAAACUUCACCAAUCUGAAGAUAGCAUGAUUUCCAACAACUUGAAAGCCUUUGAAAGCGAGAUUCAUGCCUUAUCAGAAAUAAGACAAUCGUAA